CCGGCCCGGCCGCGGCCAUGCCUUACGCCAACCAGCCCACGGUGCGCAUCACCGAGCUCAGCGACGAGAACGUCAAGUUCAUCAUCGAAAACACCGACCUCGCGGUUGCCAAUUCUAUCCGGAGGGUGUUCAUAGCUGAAGUUCCUACUAUAGCCAUUGACUGGGUCCAGAUAGAUGCCAACUCCUCUGUGCUCCAUGAUGAGUUCAUUGCACACCGAUUGGGUCUGAUCCCCCUCACCAGUGAUGAUGUUGUUGAUAAACUGCAGUAUUCCAGGGACUGCGCCUGCGAUGAGUUCUGCCCUGAGUGCUCAGUAGAAUUCACCCUUGAUGUUCGGUGCAAUGAAGACCAGACCCGCCAUGUUACGUCCCGGGACCUUAUCUCCAAUAAUCCUCGGGUUAUACCUGUGACAUCCCGGAGCAGAGAUAAUGACCCCAAUGACUAUGUUGAGCAGGAUGACAUCCUCAUUGUCAAGCUACGCAAAGGCCAGGAACUGAGGUUGCGGGCCUAUGCCAAGAAGGGGUUUGGCAAAGAGCACGCCAAGUGGAACCCCACGGCAGGCGUGGCCUUUGAAUAUGACCCAGACAACGCCCUGCGGCAUACCGUCUACCCGAAGCCAGAGGAAUGGCCGAAGAGCGAAUACUCUGAAAUUGAUGAAGAUGAGGCUCAAGCACCUUAUGAUCCCAACGGGAAGCCCGAGAGGUUUUAUUACAAUGUAGAAUCCUGCGGCUCUCUCCGUCCCGAGACCAUCGUCCUCUCGGCCUUGUCUGGCUUGAAGAAAAAACUGAGCGACCUCCAAACACAGCUGAGCCACGAGAUCCAGAGCGACGUGCUAACUAUAAACUGAUUCUGAAGUCUCUCUUUCCGGGCAGCUGCUGCAUAUGAAGAGGGAGGCUGUCGACACGGUGGGGAGAGCGCUGAUCUUUGCGUGGUGGAGCUGCUUGCUUUCAGUCCUCUAGAGGAAGACAACGUCUUUUGCUCCCUUGAGCGAAACGUUUUUCAGCACUCCCUUAAGGAAGUUGCUGCUCACACAAAGUGGGCUGCAUUCCCUCUGGGGGACUUGCUCUUCUGUUUCUAGGGAACGUGGGGGCUGAGGGCAAAACGGAUUCUUCCCCCACCUCUCUCUCUCUCUCACACACACACACACACACAUCCUUGUCCUCUAUCCCUCCCCUUUUGGGGUAAAUGGCCCCCCACCUGGCAGCUGUCCAAGUUACGUAACUGAAGUUUGCUAGUUAUUUGUGUUCGUUUACUGUACUGAAUAAAAGCCUUUUCCCUGA